CCCGGCGGCUCGCCCGAGUGGUGGAGGCCGGCGCGGCGCCCCGCGGUCCCGGCACGUGGUCGGCGCGGCGCGGCAGGAUGGCUCCCCGGCGGAGGAAGCGCGGGGCCCAGCAGCCGGCGGCGGCCGAGGCACCGGAGCAGGCGGGUGCCCCGCAGAAGCGGGCGCGCACCCAGGGCGAGGGCAGCCCGGGGGGCACCGGCCCCCGCGUCGUCAUCGAGCACUGCAAGAGCUGACGAGUGUUCGGGCGCAACGCGGCGGCGGUGAGCGAGGCCCUGCGCGGGGCCAUGGCCCACCUCCCCGUGGACAUUAACCCCCGGCAGCCGCGCCGGAACAGCUUCGAGGUGUCCCUGGUGAAGGAGGACGGCAGCACCGUGGAGCUGUGGAGCGGCAUUGGGAAGGGGCCCCCCCGCAAGCUGAAGUUCCCCGAGCCGGAGGCCGUGGUGGAAGCCCUGAAGAGCAGCUUGGCAUAGAGGUGGCGGCCAGCCAAGCCGGGACCGGCACCCGCGGCGCGAGCGUCCAUGAAGAGGCGAGACGAAGUGGGGGGCACCCGCCAGCCCCAGUCCCGUCUCCGAUGCUGCAGCUCUGCCGCGAGCAGCCUUCCCCGGCUCCCCCCGCAUCCCCCCCUUGUCCCCCCCGCUGUUCCCCAAUAAAGCUCGGCAGCCCCACGGCACAGCUCCGCCA